AUGGUUUCGAACGACACCACUAUUAGUUCUCUCGCAGAACACGAUGGGCCCAGGAAAGAUCGUUCUGCGUAUGAAAUUGAGAUAGUGGAAGACGCAAAGAUCGCCCCUGCGGUAUUUACCGAAGCGCAAGAGCGCCAUCUUGUUCGAAAGCUAGAUCUCUGGAUUGUGCCACUUAUGAUGGUUACAUAUAUGCUCCAAAGCUACGACAAGGGGAUCCUGAGUGCAGCGUCGCAGUUCAACAUCAAUGCCGACUUGGGAUUAACCGUUGUCAUUGGGCACGAGGCAGACGGAACUCCCAUUACCAACAAUCAACGAUACUCAAAUGCGUCGAUGAUUUUCUAUGUUGGCUAUGUCGUCGGAACAUAUCCUAUGUCAUAUCUAGCACAGCGUUUCUCUGUCUCGAAAAUCAUCUCCGGUGCCACUUUUCUCUGGGGAGCUGUGGUCAUGUCCACAGCAGGCUGUACCAAUUAUGCCGGCAUUAUUGUCAACCGUCUUGUUCUAGGAGUCUUAGAAUCAGCUGUUGCUCCAACUUUCACUGUCUUGGUGACUUUUUGGUGGACGAGAGAAGAGCAGGGUCUACGGACUGGCCUGUGGUAUUGUUGCGUGGGGGUUGCCACUGCUAUAUCACCUCUCAUCAAUUACGGGCUGGGCCAGAUAAGGGGGCCGUUGGCUUCAUGGAAACCAAUGUUUCUCGUAUUGGGGGCCGUCACAACACUCUGGUCCGCGGCUUUGUUUUUCUGUCUUCCUGAUAGCCCAAUGGAAACUAAAGGAUUGACCGAAUCUGAAAGAGAACUUGCCAUUCAACGCUUGAACCGAAAUAAAGCAGGAACCAUCAACCAUACAUUCAAUAAGCACCAGUUCUUCGAAGCGUUUCGAGAUUAUAAACUUUACAGCUGCACAAUUCUCAUCCUGCUCACUGGUGUCCCCUCGGGCGCUAUUGGUACCUUUGGAACGAUUGUUAUCAACGGCUUUGGCUUCAGUCAUUUCGAGUCUCUGGCACUUACUUGUCCAAUUGGUGGUCUCACGGCCUUGAGUAUUCUGAUUGUUAGCUAUGUUAGCCGGAAAUUUGCAAACAGUCGAUAUCUCUGUAUCGCAAUUUGCGGUAUCAUAUCUAUUGUUGGCACUGUAAUAUGCUGGGUAGGGCCUCGGAACAACAGGGGCCUGCUAUUUGCUGGAAUAUUCCUUAUUGCUGUGCAGGUUGCCUCUGGCGGAUUGGCCGUGUCACUGGCAGCCUCCAACAUUGCCGGUCAUACCAAAAAAGCCACAACAAGUGCAACUACGUUCGUCGGUUAUUGUAUUGGCAACAUCAUCGGGCCACUGAUUUUUGGCGCUUCUCCAGGGCCUCUUUAUCGUGCCGGCUUCAUCGGUAGUUUUGUAUGCCUGUGCGCGGUGGUUGCAAUUGCAGCUGCCACCUAUGUGCUUCUACGGAGGGAAAAUGCGAAGCGAGACAGGAUGCACGGGGCUCCGAUUGACCAUGUUUCUGUAGAUGAGGAGCUAACUGAUGUGCAAAAUCCCGAUUUUCGCUACGUGCUGUAG